UCUCACUGUCAAUACAGAGUCAGCUCAGUCAGCUCUCAAGCACUGCAGAACACACGGACACGGGUGAAAACACAAAACAUGAAGUUUUAAAGAUAUUUUUAAUAUUUUGAAUUAAAUGACCCUUGUCUUUGAACGUUAGUAUGACAAUGGGGUCCUAUAUUGUCCGAAAGUUUAUACCGAAUCGAAUAUCAACUAAGUAUAACAAUCUUAAAGCUAAAUUUUCCUUCACUCUUGAAGUACCUGAAAGGUUAAAAGGGACAAAAUUUGAAAAAUUAGGGAAUUUUUGUGUGAAUCUUUUACGGGAUUAUGGCGAAGUGAUUAAGGAAACAUCUAACAACAUCAAGCAACGUCCAAAGAAAGCUCUGGCUUAUGCGUGGGGAUUUUGGGCAUGGUACUACUGUAUGAAGACCAAUCCAGAUGAACUCAGCUUCAGGGAACGAUGCCUUGUAGCUGCUGGCGAUAUAGCAUCUUUACCAGACUCUAUCCGAAACAAGGAGUCUAGUUCACACUUUUCAUUUUUGGAGUCAUGUCACAAUACUGGUAUCUUACGUAGACUGAACCUUGGUGUUUGUUCCAUAAUGUGGUUGGAUAAUUACGACCAAGCUGUUGGACUAUAUGCUGCACAUUGUAAGUUUUUAGAACCAAAGUAUCUGAGUUUUCAUGAAAGAAUUAUAGAUGUUGGUAUUCUUGGUCGGUGGUGGAUGAUUAGCAGAAAAAUGAGGGACUAUGAUAUAAAUCCUGAAGAAUGGGAUGGAGAGAGAAAGAGAAUUGUUGAAUGAGAAGGGAUACAUCAAAAUGUGUAGUUUUGCUGUCUCAGGAAUAAAUUGUUGUUUUCUUUGAU